AUGGCCAGCUGGGUGUUCUGUAAUCGCUGCUUCCAGCCGCCGCACCGCACGUCGUGCUUCAGCCUGACCAACUGCGGCCACGUGUACUGCGACGUCUGCCUGGGUGAAGGUGGCAAAAACGAGUGCUUGAUUUGCAAAGUCCCUUGUCGCACAGUUUUCCUUUCAAAACAUACUGACGCAGACAUCCAGGCGCUGUUCAUGGGCAUAGACGGCCUGUGUAAGAAGUACUCAAGAGAGACCUGCCAGAUUUCAGAAUUUCAAGAGAAGCACAGAAAGAGACUCUUGGCCUUCUAUCGAGAAAAGAUCACAAAGUUGGAGGAGUCCCUUCGGAGGUCAGCAUUGCGGAUGGAACAGCUGCAGGGGAUGAGAUUGUCACAGCAAACAGCUUUCAGCGCAGUAAAAACUCCAGUUUCAACUCCUUCAGCAAAGCCAGACGGACACCUGCUCCUGCCCCCUGACACGUCAGCCUCUGACAGAGUGGAGUCCAUGCAGGUUGACCAUACUCCUUCCCCGCUAAGAAAACCUGAAGUGGCAGUUGGCCCAGCAAGAAUCUCUCUGAUCAGCCCACCUCAGCACGGACGCAUGGGCAGCAUCUCCCGCCACGGCCCUCAGUUCCUCGGCCUGACGCCCGGUCACAGCAGCGUUUCACAGGCUCUCAGGAUCCCGUGGCUGCCUGUCCCCUGCAGGGCACCGUCCCAGCCAGCGGCACCCCCGGCCCCCGGCCGAGCGGCAAGAGGGGGCUCGCCCAGCCUCGGGGGCUCCCAGACGCUGGCCCCCAGGCCGCCCAUCAGCAUCUCUGCUCUGCUGCAGAGGCAGCGACUCACAGGUGAUGCUGUGUUUGGCAAUGACUGGUUUCUGGAGAUGAGUUUUGGGCCUGCCUCCUGCCAGGUCGGUGAGAUGCUCGUUCUCGACUGA